AUGGAAGACUUCAACAUAUCCGAUGUCCCAUUUGGGGCCCAAUGCCCCUCGUCACGAGCAGGAGAUCCGCUUGUGGUAGGAAUAUUCCUACAGCGAGCAUGCAACCGAUACGACUUCAAGAUCUCCAACAAGUUCAAACCGAACACCUCCAGGCAGCGGAUCAUCGGCAUGACAGGAACUGGAAUGCCUGUUAUGUCCCAAAUGGCCAACCAGCUCAAAACUCACCCAAAUCACAACCCCGAGGCACAAUGGCAAUUCUUCUGGCAGCAUCUAACACAUGUGCCAGCGGGUUCCGCAACACCCACAAAAUACAUUGUACCAUUCGCAACUCUCUUCCAGGAAGAGAGGCUAAAAGACCUCAAAUUGGCCAUCAUUGAUGCCCAUUUGGGCCCAAAGGCAGCUGGCGAUUUCCAAAAGAAGAACCCAACAACUUUUAUCACCAAACAGCAGAUCAUUUACGCUGCCACUCUUUGGUUCUGGAUUGAGAAAGACGAGGGGCGACGAGCAGAACUAACAAGGGUGACUGGCCAGAAGAACAAGACGAUGAAGGUCCCUCCUGUUCGACUAGGCGCUUUUAUCGCCUACUUUCCGGCCUGGCUGAAGUUCCAUGAGCUAUUCCGCCUUGGCGCUUACGGACACCCUUACGACUUCAUCAGCGCAAAUUACACAAAAGAUCUAGAGGUAUCUCAAUCAUACUUGGUCAAGGGCAACAAUUGGGAAGAGGAAUUUAAGGAACUCAAGGACUUUGAGGAGCAACCUUGUGCAUUUCUUACUCCAGCUAUGCAAGAUGGGUCUGCUCUUGGUGGACCCUUUUUGCCUGACAAUGGAUUUUCAUUAUCCCAAAUCCAUGAGAUGAUGCAUCUUGGAUCCAUCUGGUCGAUUGGUCUCCCUACUAUGCCCGCCAGAUUGCCUGUGAAGCAUGCAGGAGACAAAGAGAGGUGUUGCUAUGCUGCUAUAGCAUUUCCUGAUCACUGGAAACAUGACCUUCCAGACGCCUUCAUCUCUGAAGACAGUCUCUCGGAUCCCGAGUUUUGCACCAUGUCGAAGGUCGUUCUUCCUCUUGGCGAUACAGUGCCUAUCAUGUCCAUGGAUAUGCAUGAUAGGCUUGACAGCAACCAAGGUAUUGUUCAUAUUGGGGCUAAGAUUGGGGCCUCUGUAACCCUGGUUGGACAACCCAUCUCCCUUCCAAGGGCAAUGUCAUACUUUGCCCAACAUUCAAGAGCCACACAGCAUGUUCGCCAUUAG